CUUAUCUUAUUCCUCUUUCAGCAAAUAGGCGAGUCUCUGUCCAUUGGAAAUAGUUAUAAAAAUUGAUGAUGUUAUUCGCAAAUAGGUAUACGAAGGCAAAAGUUUAGAGGACAGUUAUACAAAUGCACGUGUUGCUAAAAAUGAUAUAUCAUUUCAAUUAAAAUUAAAUAUAAAGUAGUAAGGGGUUUAGAGGCAAUUAAUAAUUCAUAUAGAGGCAAAUAAUAAUGUAUCACUCGCGUUAUAGCAUAUUUUAAGGGGGCUUGCUAUUUGCCGCCAACCAAAUUGCUAUUUGCCGCCAACUAAAAAAAAAAAAAAAAGUAUAUAUAUAUACAUAGUAGGGUAAGGAGUUUCACAAUCUACAACAUAUCCAACUUUCAGAGAACAUAUUGAAUCAGAAAAAUUCAACGCUCGCCGGAAAAGUCGCCGGAAAAUCAUCGGGAAAGCCUAUCCUCGACAUAUACUGCGUACACGCAUCAAUGAAUCAUCACUAAGCAGGUGCGUAAUUUUUUUGUAGUUUCGAACAAUUUUUCCGACGAUUUGAAACGAACAGACGGUGGGCAGAAAAUUUCCGGCGGCCGGAACCUGGCCGGGCCGAAAAUUUCCGGUGGCCGGAACCUGGCCGAGCCGAAAAAUUCCGGCGGCCGGAACCAGGCUGAGCCGCAAGAUAUUUUCGGCCCGGCCAGGUUCCAGCCGCAAGAUAUUUUCGGCCCGGCCAGGUUCCAGCCACCGGAAAUUUUCGGCCCGGCCAGGUUCCGGCCGCCGGAAAUUUUCGGCCCGGCCAGGUUCCGGCCACCGGAAAUUUUCGGCCCAUAGUCUGUUUUUGCAAUUUUUCGGAAAAAUUCGAUUUUAGGAGUUGAAUUUAGAGUUUAGGAGUUGAAUUUAGCGUGUAAGAAUUGAAUUUAGAGUUUAGGAGUUGAAUUUAGCGGUUAAGAAUUGAAAUUAGCGUUUAGGUUCACAGGAAUAUUGAUAUAUUAUAUUGUAAUUGUAGGAAAAAUGUCAGAGUUGUUACCGGCCGAUCAUGAUUACACACAUGAAUUUGAGAAUGGGAUCCAUUAUGCAAGUGUGGAGUUAGCUGAGUUAGCUGCAAGAACAAUCGCUCAGCAGUGUGGGUUCUUUAUUGUUAGAGGAUCAUGGAAACCGAAUACUGCUGGACAGAAUCCUGUUACUGCCCUCUGUAUGUAUUGCGACAGAAGUAGUAGGAUCGUUAAGUCUUAUAAACCAGACCCUACGAAGGAGACGCGUGAGAAUAUUAGUUCGAAGGGUACUGGUUGCCAGUUUCAGAUAUGUAUAAAGGAAGUAUGGCAAAAGGAUGGUCCAAACACAUGGGUCAUGGUGGGAGUGACAAGUCGUGAAACCGGAGCUAAUAGAGGGUUUCACAACCAUGAAAAGGUGUUGUAUCCAGAACAUCACCGACACAACAAACAGUUUAGUGAGGCUGAAAAAGAGAGGUUAAGAUUAAUGAGGAAGGCGGGGGUGAGACCAAAUCAGCAGAAGACGACACUCAAUACUGAAGGGGGUGUGCAUCAUGAUAUCAAACAGAUGUACAACAUAAAUUCCAAGACAAGAUUGGAUGAGAUGGGUGAAAUGGAUGCGAUAUAGUUUGCGCUUCACGGAGCUGAACAUCGUGGGUACCAUAUCUGUUUGCAAAAGGAUUCUAAUAAUGUGCUCACUAAUCUGUUUUUUGCGCACCCGACGUCCAUUCAGAUGUUGCAUGCAUGGCCGUACGUCAUCCUCAUUGACUCGACCUACAAGACCAACAGGUACGGCUGGCCAUGGGUUGAGAUUAUUGGGGUUACUCCAGUGAAGAAGAAUUUCAACAUUGCAUGUGCAAUUAUUAAGCAGGAAACAAAGGAAACAUAUGAGUGGCUGCUGCGAUGUAUUAAAGGGUUGCUCGGUGAUACGGUUCCGAAUGUCAUUGUGACAGACAAAGAAGGUGGUUUGCUUGCUUCUAUUCCUGUGGUCUUCCCUCUCCCACAUACUGUCCACCUACUAUGUUUAUGGCACGUCAACAACUGUGUGAAGCAAAAGUUUGAAGUGUUACUUGGUGGAAUUACAAAAAGAGAGGUAGCACAUGCGGUAUGGAAGAAAUAUUUCGACAAAGCUGCAUGGAGUUGGACUCAGGAGGGUUUUCUUCAAAAGAUUAAUGAGUUUGAGAGGGUCUGGACAGUGAAGAACAAAAAAAUGGUCGACUACGUGCGAGGUGAGUGGUUGCCUCAUCAGACAAUGUGGGCAAUGUGCUACACGAACCAUGUGUUUCAUCUUGGUAACACGAGCUCGAAUAGAGUUGAGUCAUCUCACUCUUCAUUCAAGACUUUCCUUGUGUCUGGUAGAGGAGCGAUCGACACUUGUUUUGCGAAGAACCACAACUACAUGGAACAUCAGUUUCUGGAAGUGGUGAAUGAACUGCACAAGUCACUGAACCGCAAUCUGAGUAGGGCAAUUGAGGCUCCGUGCACGUUUUUGAGGAGGGUCGUUAGUUCUGAGGCAAUCAAACUGAUGUUAGAUGGGGCGGCGGAGUUGAAGGACAGUUGUGCGUGUCAUUCUCAGAUGACACAUGGGCUCAAGUGUGCUUGCCAGAUUGUUCAAGCUAAGGAAGAAGGACGUCAAUUCUAUGCUCAAGAGUUGCAUGUAUUUUGGCGGACUUUGGAUUAUAAAAACCCCCCACGUCAACAACAAGUCAGUGAUGAAAUUGAGCUUCAACGAGAACACUUUAGGCGUCUUACUGUUGAGGUGGAAGAAAGAGGUCCUGAAGCAGUGAGACAAGCAAGAGAUGCCCUAUUCUAUGGGCUUCAUCCAGCAGAGGACAAUGUGAGGGAACCGGAAGUGAAUGAGAAUCCGAGAGGACGCCCUAGAACAAGCACCAGUCGCAUUCGUUCAUAUUAUGAGCGGUCUCGUUCGAGGAGUACUGGGCCUGGUUCGAGUGGAGGUAGGGGGCGAUCGAGUGGAGGCAGAUCCCGAUCGAGUGGAGGCAGAUCCCGAUCGAGUGGAGGCAGAUCUCGAUCGAGUGGAGGUGAAUCCGACGAGCAUGAUACAGAUUACUCAUCCCAGAGCCCCCCAGGGCAAUAUUCUUACCCUUACAUCGAUGAGCUUUUUCUAGAGUUUGUUCGACCUUUGCUGGUAGGCGAUUUCAACCCUAGUCCAGACGGCCAUUGUGGUUUUAGGGCACUUUCUCAUUGUAUUUAUGGGGAUGAUAGUCACUAUCUGCUCAUGAGAUCGACGAUUGUCCAAGAAAUCCAACAACAUUUUUGGAAGUACGAGAACUUGUAUAAUGGUGGUCCACUAGCUCACAUUGACCGCAUCAAUUGGCUCGAGGCGGGUCACGCACCACCGGGGCGAUGGAUGGAUUCUGAGGACUUGUUCGUGUUUGCCACCAUCUACAACAUCGCAGUCAUGGUCUUCACAUACCAGGUGUUUGAUGUCAAUAAUGGAAACCGUCCACUACCCAACCGCUACGAUGAUGCCUAUACUGUAUUUCCUAUUGAUGCGGACCCAGGUACUUUGCCACCAACCAUGUUCUUAUCACUGCACUAUGUGAACAACCACUACAUUCGAUUGUACUUCAACCAGAAUCAGUUUCCUAUACCCCCUUUGCAUCCACUUUGGCAUGGGAUCACAAAUCCUAAUGUGGCGGAGUGGGGAGCUAUUCUCGAGGUUGGACAGAAUUUGUUUGCGAGCCUUGGUGGUCGGCAGCGAGCACGGCAGAGAGACCCCCGAAGAGCUAGGGGAAGGGGUAGGGGUAGGAGCAAUGCAUAGUGUCAUUAUGAACUUAUGGAUUU